GUCUGUUUUCGUAUUCUCAUUUCUCAUCAUUUUCCUCCUGGUGUACUCUCUCCCACAACAUUUUACAUUACUGACAAAAACCCUAAAUAUUAUCGAUUUAAUCAUAAAUAAUGGUAGAUUCGAUUCCUCCCCGGCGGAUUUCCGUUCAUCAAUUUCUCGGCGGCGGCUCAGUGGCGGAUGUACUUUUGUGGAAGAAGUGGUGUGCAAGUGUUACGGUUUUAAUUGCUUCAACAACUCUAUGGCUGCUAUUUGAAUGCGCCGGUUAUAAUCUGUUGUCGUUUGUCGCUAAUGUGUUGUUUUUGCUCGUCGCUAUUCUCUUUUUUUGGGCUAAAUCUGCUUCUCUUCUUAAUAGGCCACUGCCUCCUUUGCCUGACUUGGAUAUAUCAGAGGAGACCAUUGUGAAGAUUGCUUCUGUGAUUCAAGUUUAUGCUAAUAUAGCUUUGUCUAUUGCUCGCGACAUUGCAAUUGGUAGAAAUUUGAAAUUGUUCCUUCAGGUUGCUUUUGGAUUAUGGGUAGCAUCAAUUAUUGGUAGUCUCUGCAAUUUUCUGACUCUUGUCUAUGUUGGGAUUCUCCUUAGCUUCUCAGCCCCGGUGCUUUACGACAAAUAUCAACACCACAUUGAUGAGAAGCUUUCUGUAACUCACAAAAUUGUUCAAACACAGUAUAGGAAAAUUGAUGAUAGCAUCCUUAAAAAGAUUCCAUUUUCCUCAAACAAGGAAAAGAAGAUUCAGUAGGGUCUCAAGCAGUUCAACUAUAGGUGUGUUUUGGAAAGUGGUCGUCGUAUGAAGAAGCUGUGCUGGUUUGGUUCCACUUAUACUCUUGAUUAUCAGUAUCAAAUCGACUACCCGACCGCAAUCUUUAGAAGCAGGACUGACCUAACACGGUUCUACAACCUGAUAACAUUCAACUUUCAUUAUUUUUUUCUGGGUUGUCUUUGUUGUGAUUAAUUUGCCAGUGAUGUAUUUUUUCUAUUCUCCUUAGGCAAAAAAGUUGAGAAAUAUAUGAUACUGAUGCCCAGUUUUAUAUUGGUUUUAGUUGGCUAAGAAAUCUAUUGUUUUAUUAACAGCAUGAAUGCACCACGGUUUCUAUA